GGAGCUGCCAUGUGCUCCCCUUGCAAGAGAAGACACCUGCAGCUGGCGUCCGAUAAGUUGGUGACACUGCAGUGGCUGCCAUGUCUGGGAAGCCUGUGCUUCACUACUUCAAUGCCCGGCGCAGAAUGGAGAACGUCAGGUGGCUCCUGGCUGCAGCAGGCGUGGAGUUUGAAGAAAAGUUUAUAGAGACUUCUGAAGAUUUGGAAAAGUUAAGACAAGAUGGGAAGUUGAUGUUUGAGCAAGUGCCCAUGGUGGAGAUUGACGGGAUGACGUUGGUACAGACCAGAGCCAUUCUCAACUACAUUGCCACCAAAUAUGACCUCUAUGGCAAGGACGUGAAGGAGAGAGCCCUGAUUGACGUAUAUACAGAGGGUAUUGCCGAUCUGAGUGACUUGAUCAUGCAAUUGGCACUAUGUCCCCCAGAUGAAAAAGAAGCCAAGAUUUCUUUGAUAAAAGACAGGACCAAAAACCGGUACUUGCCUGCCUUUGAAAAAGUGUUGAAGAGCCACGGACAAGACUACCUUGUUGGCAACAGGCUGACCAGGGUGGACAUUCACCUGCUGGAACUUCUUCUUCGUUUGGAAGAGAUUGACUCCAGCCUUCUGGCCCCUUUUCCCCUGCUGAAGGCCCUGAAGAGCAGACUCAGCAACCUGCCCAAUGUGAAGAAGUUCCUCCAACCUGGCAGCCAGAGAAAGCCUCCCGCUGAUGAGAAAACAAUUGAAAAGGCAAAGAAGAUUUUCAAGAUGAAAUAAAACUGUAUCGAUGGAGCCCACCAUACUAGUUUCUGAUUUUUUUUUUCUCCCGAAAUUGAGAAGCAACUUGGGAUCUGACUAUUGUGAG